AUGUCGGGCGCAUUACGGACGUCGGCCUCAAUGGCUCUGAGAGCCAAGCCGACACACUUCCUCACCCCCUACCGCGUCGCCGUCGCCUCCAUAUCCUCCUCGACAAAGAACAACGCCGCACAGGUCCAACCCCACGGUGCCUCGACAUCGCUGCUCAAGCCUCAACGGAAGGAAGUUCCCCUGGCGAGCCAGGAAGGCACAAAAGGCGUGGUUCAAUAUGUCCUCACGACCCUCGACCAGAUUGUCAACUGGGGCCGGCAGUCAUCCUUCUGGCCCGUGACCUUCGGGCUGGCGUGCUGCGCCCUGGAGAUGAUGCAUCUCUCGACCCCGCGUUACGACCAGGACCGCAUGGGCAUUAUCUUCCGUGCCUCGCCCCGGCAGUCGGACGUCAUGAUCGUGGCGGGGACCCUGACCAACAAGAUGGCGCCCGCCCUGCGCCAGGUCUACGACCAGAUGCCCGAGCCCCGCUGGGUCAUCUCCAUGGGCUCCUGCGCCAACGGCGGAGGCUACUACCACUACAGCUACAGCGUCGUCCGCGGGUGCGACCGCAUCGUCCCCGUCGACGUCUACGUCCCCGGCUGCCCGCCCACCAGCGAGGCCCUCAUGUACGGCAUCUUCCAGCUGCAGAGGAAGAUGAGGGAGACCAAGAUUACGAGGAUGUGGUACCGGAAGUAG